GAAAGUAGUGGCAGAAAAUAAAUAAAUAAAUAAAUAAAUAAAUAAAUAAAACAAAAAAAGUGGAAAAAUGCUUUCAGAUUAGAUGAUUUCUAGAGGGGACAAAGACAGAGUUCGUGGAUUUUUGGUUUGGAAUUUGGAUUUGAAUCUGGUUUAGGGUUUUUUUAGGGACGAAAAUGGGGGACCAGAGGAACAACAAGUGGAACUGGGAGGUUACAGGGUUUGAACCGAGGAAGUCGUCGUCAUCAUCGUCGUCUCCGCGGGCGUCGACCUUGGAUUACGAUGAAUAUAAGCCUGGUGCACCUCUGGUUCGGAGGUUUUCGAUCUCUUCGUCUUCGGUCUUGCCGCAUUCGGAGCUUUCCAAGCACUCCAUCACCAGUAAACUGCAGCGACUUAAGGACAAAGUGAAGCUUGCAAGAGAAGAUUACUUAGAUUUGAGACAAGAAGCAAGCGAAUUGCAAGAGUACUCCAAUGCGAAACUCGAUCGAGUUACACGUUAUCUUGGUGUUCUUGCCGAUAAAAGCCGAAAACUCGAUCAAUUUGCUCUUGAAACUGAGGCUAGGAUUGCUCCACUGAUCAAUGAGAAGCGAAGGUUGUUUAAUGACUUAUUGACAGCCAAAGGAAACAUAAAGGUAGUUUGUCGUACUAGACCAUUAUUUGAGGAUGAAGGUCCCUCUGUUGUGGAAUAUCCUGAUGAAUGCACUAUUCGUCUUAAUAAUGGUGAUGAUGCCAUUUCUAACUCCAAGAAGUGUUUUGAAUUUGACAGAGUCUAUGGGCCUCAUGUUGGACAAGCUGAGCUUUUCAAUGAUGUUCAGCCAUUGGUGCAGUCAGUGUUAGAUGGAUAUAAUGUCUCCAUAUUUGCUUAUGGACAAACCAACUCAGGAAAGACAUACACCAUGGAAGGAUCUAGUCAUGAUCGUGGUUUAUAUGCUCGUUGUUUUGAGGAGCUGUUUGAUUUAUCCAACUCAGAUUCAACUUCAACUUCUCGAUAUAAAUUCUCUAUUACAGCUUUUGAGCUCUACAAUGAACAGAUAAGGGAUUUGCUCUCAGAUUCCGGACAUGCUUUACCAAAGGUUCGCAUGGGCUCUCCAGAAUCCUUUGUAGAACUUGUUCAGGAGAAGAUUGAUAACCCGCUGGACUUCUCUAGAGUCCUUAAAGCUGCGAUUCAGAGCCGGGGAACUGAUGUGUCAAAGUUCAAUGUUUCUCAUUUGAUUGUCACAAUUCAUGUAUAUUAUAACAAUUUGAUCACUGGAGAAAACUCAUACAGCAAAAUUUCUCUAGUUGACUUGGCUGGAAGUGAAGGAUCAAUUGCAGAAGAUGAAAGUGGUGAGCGUGUGACGGACUUGCUGCAUGUCAUGAAGUCACUUUCAGCGUUGGGAGAUGUUUUAUCUUCUUUGACUUCAAAAAAGGAUGUAAUUCCUUAUGAGAACUCGAUGCUAACCAAAGUGCUUGCAGACUCACUAGGUGGAACUUCAAAAACUUUGAUGAUUCUUAAUGUUUGUCCAAAUGCUUUGAAUUUGUCCGAGACAUUGUUAUCACUCAAUUUCUCUGCUAGAGCUCGAAAUGCUGUUCUAAGUCUUGGAAACCGUGAUACAAUGAAGAAAUGGAGAGAUAUUGCAAAUGAUGCACGUAAAGAAUUAUAUGACAGGGAAAAAGAAAUUCAAGAUCUGAAACAAGAGGCUUUGGAGCUUAAAUAUGCUCUCAAGGGUGCAAAUGAUCAGUGCGUCCUACUCUUCAAUGAAGUUCAGAAGGCGUGGAAAGCUUCUUAUACAUUACAGUCAGAUUUAAAGUCAGAGAGUAUUAUGCUUGCUGAUAAGCAUAAGAUAGAGAAGGAACAAAAUGCUCAGCUUAGAAAUCAAGUUGCUCAGCUGUUGCAGUUGGAGCAAGAGCAAAAGAUGCAGAUAGAACAACGGGACUCAACCAUUCAAACCUUGCAGGCCAAAAUUAAGGGUAUUGAGUCCCAACUCAAUGAAGCCCUUCGUUCCAGUGAAGUUAGGCCAACACUUAGCUCAGAAUCAGGGCCUGGGACAACAGGGGAUGGAAUGGAUUCUUCUACUGUAACUAAGAAAUUGGAAGAGGAGCUGAAGAAACGUGAUGCACUGAUUGAGAGGUUGCACGAGGAAAAUGAGAAACUAUUUGAUAGAUUAACAGAGAAAGCAUCUUUGGUUGGAUCACCACAACUGUCAAGUCCAUCGUCCAAAGGAUUAGUGAAUGCUCAGAAUCGGGAGCUUGGAAGGAAUGAUAAUAAAGGUCGUUCAGUGGAUGGUAUUACUUCACCAUUGGCUUCGGAUAAGACUGAUGGCACAGUUGCUCUGGUUAAAACAAGUUCAGAAAAUGUUAAAACAACCCCAGCAGGAGAAUAUCUUACUAAUGCCUUGAAUGAAUUUGAUCCUGAACAAUAUGAUAGUCUUGCUGCUAUUUCAGAUGGAGCAAACAAACUUUUAAUGCUGGUUUUGGCUGCGGUGAUUAAAGCAGGAGCUUCUAGAGAACAUGAAAUACUUGCUGAAAUUAGAGAUGCUGUUUUCGCUUUUAUUCGUAAAAUGGAACCAAAGAGGGUCAUGGAUACCAUGCUUGUAUCCCGCGUUAGAAUAUUGUAUAUUAGAUCUUUGCUUGCUAGAUCACCAGAAUUGCAGUCCAUCAAGGUUUCGUCCGUUGAGUGUUUUCUAGAGAAGGCUAAUACUGGACGUAGCAGGAGCUCCAGCCGUGGUAACAGCCCAGGAAGGUCUCCUGUGCGCUAUGUUGAUGAGCAGAUUCAAGGCUUUAAAAUAAAUCUAAAGCCAGAAAGGAAGUCCAAGUUCUCCACAGUUGUAUCAAAGAUACGGGGACUCGACCAGGAUACUCCUAGGCAACAAGUAACUGGUGGAAAGCUUAGGGAAAUCCAUGAGGAAGCCAAAAGCUUUGCAAUUGGGAACAAGGCACUUGCUGCACUUUUUGUUCAUACUCCAGCAGGUGAGCUGCAGCGUCAAAUUAGAUCCUGGCUUGCAGAGAGUUUUGACUUUCUUUCUGUUACUGGAGAUGAUGCUUCUGGUGGGACAACUGGUCAACUGGAGCUUCUUUCAACUACAAUUAUGGAUGGUUGGAUGGCUGGACUCGGUGCUGCUAUGCCUCCCAGUACAGAUGCUCUUGGCCAGCUUCUAUCUGAGUAUGCAAAGCGAGUCUAUAAUUCUCAGUUGCAGCACUUGAAGGAUAUCGCAGGUACCUUGGCAACAGAGGAGGCAGAAGAUGCAGCACAAGUGUCAAAGCUGCGUUCAGCUCUUGAGUCUGUUGAUCACAAAAGAAGAAAGAAUUUGCAACAAAUGCGAAGUGAUGUAGCACUACUAACACUAGAAGAUGGUGGUCCACCCAUUCAGAAUCCUUCUACUGCAGCUGAAGAUGCACGACUAGCUUCUCUAAUAUCACUUGAUGGCAUAUUGAAGCAAGUCAAGGAUAUAGUUAGACAAUCCUCUGUAAACAUCUUGAGUAAAAGUAAGAAGAAAGCAAUGCUUGCAUCUUUGGAUGAACUUGCUGAAAGGAUGCCUUCCCUUCUUAACAUUGAUCACCCAUGUGCACAGAGGCAAAUUGCAGAUGCACGUCGUGUGGUUCAAUCUGUUCCCGAAGAAGAUGACCGCGUACAAGAAACAUCACAUGUUCACAAAGCAUCUACAGAUUCUGGUAUUAGUACUGAAACUGAUGUGGCACAGUGGAAUGUUCUACAGUUUAAUACUGGCUCAACAACGCCGUUCAUCAUCAAGUGUGGAGCAAACUCAAAUUCAGAACUAGUCAUUAAAGCAGAUGCUCGGGUCCAGGAACCUAAAGGUGGUGAAAUUGUGAGAGUGGUUCCAAGACCUACUGUUUUGGAAAAUAUGAGUUUGGAGGAGAUGAAACAAGUGUUCUCUCAACUCCCUGAGGCUUUAAGCUUACUUGCCUUGGCGAGGACCGCAGAUGGAACCCGAGCUCGCUACUCUAGGCUGUAUAGAACUUUAGCCAUGAAGGUUCCAUCACUGAGGGACCUAGUUGGUGAGCUCGAAAAGGGUGGAGUUCUAAAAGAUGUAAGGUCAUGAUUGCAACAGAUUUACAAGAAUCUAUCGUUCGCCUUGCUCUGCUGAUGUCUCAUGCCAAUUCUGCGAUUAUAUACUUCCAUUUUGGGGUUUUGUCCAAUCCAAACAAUUUCGUAUUCUGGUGUACUGUGUGCUGUGUUGUAACUGUUUCUGUAUAUUGUGUACACGUUUUUGCUCCUUGAUAAUCACAACGAUUGGUUGGCAAGGGAAGCAAUUUUUUGUGUAAUUCAUGAUAGUUCUUGUGUAAUAUAUUCAUGGCCUCUUUCUUUUU